CACAAAAAUGCCAGGCGCAGUACGAAACACUGUUGAGCGGCUGGAUAAGCCAAGUGCUUAUUACCAGAACAGAAACAGGAAGCGCAAGUACGACAGAGACCCUGAGGAUGGAAGAGAGAGGACACCGGAGGCGCCAGCUGAAGAUCCGUUAAAAGAUGCUACUACCCUUUACGUGGGAAACCUGUCCUUCUACACAACUGAAGAGCAGAUUCACGAACUCUUUGCGAAAUGCGGUGAGAUCAAGCGCUUGAUUAUGGGAUUGGAUAGGUUCAACAAGACACCUUGUGGAUUCUGCUUUGUUGAAUAUUAUACGCAUCAGGAUGCGCUCGACUGCAUGAAAUACAUCGGUGGUACAAAGCUUGAUGAGCGCAUCAUUCGGACAGAUUUAGAUCCUGGGUUCCAGGAGGGAAGGCAAUAUGGAAGGGGAAAAUCUGGCGGCCAAGUGCGCGAUGAGUACCGGGAGGAAUAUGAUGAGGGUAGAGGAGGUCUUGGCAGAGCAAUCCAAGCGGAGAGAAUGAAGGAAGAAGAGGAAUAUGGGAAGGGUAGAUAA